UGCUGAACCUCUUUUUCCUCCUCUUAUUUUCUCGACUGCAGAAGCAACUUAGAGAGAGUACUUGACCAAAAAUUAAAGAAAAUUGAUAAUAAGAAUACAAAAGAAAAAUCAUAUUGCAGAGUAUCAAUUCAAAUCUUGGAAUAGAUGCUCAGAGCAAAUGUGUAUUGCCCACUGAUUUCUAGUCCAAGACAACUGAAGGCAUUUAACAAAUAUGGCUCUUGGGUGAUCCACUACCGUACUAUAACUCGCAGGCCUAAUCAGGUUGCUUCAGUCAAGGCCUUGAAAGAUGAAACUGGUGGUGGUGGAGGAAGAAGCGGAUCACCUGGCCAGAGUUGGGAGCCUGGCUUGGAAAUUGAGGUCCCUUUUGAGCAAAGACCGGUGAAUGAGUAUUCGUCUCUGAAAGAUGGACCCUUGUAUUCAUGGGGCGAACUGGGACCUGGAGAGUUUUUCCUUCGCCUUGGAGGACUGUGGUUGGUGACUUUUACAGUUCUUGGUGUGCCAAUUGCAGCUGCAAGCUUCAAUCCUUCUAGGGAACCUGUAAGAUUUGUGCUAGCUGCUGGAACAGGAACCCUUUUCCUUGUUUCACUGAUUAUUUUGCGAAUCUAUCUGGGAUGGAGUUAUGUAGGUGAUAGACUCUUAUCAGCAGUGAUACCUUAUGAGGAGAGUGGAUGGUAUGAUGGACAAAUGUGGGUGAAGCCACCAGAGGUUCUGGCUCGUGACAGAUUGUUGGGAUCUUACAAGGUAAAACCAGUUGUGAAGCUACUGAAACAGACACUAGUGGGAACAGGAGCCUUACUUGUGAGUGCAGUUUUACUCUUUAUCUUCGCAACUCCAGUGGAGGAUUUCUUUCGCACAACUUUUGUCACAAAAGACAACCCCUCAAGUGUUCAAACUUCAAAGCUCAACACAAAGUUCAACUUAAGGAAAGAAGACUUGCUUAAAUUGCCAGUGGACGUAUUGGCUGACGAUGAUCUUGCCGCCGCCGCUGCCGAGACUGCUGACGGAAGACCAGUUUACUGCAGAGAUAGGUUUUAUCGUGCAUUAGCAGGUGGACAGUAUUGCAAAUGGGAUGAUCUAGUUAAGUAAAAGGGGGACCAAAGGAGGCAUAAAUUAUAUAUACACAUUUAUAUAGCUACAUCUAAUAGAAACGCUUGCUACUUGUAUCAAAUAGAACAUGUCAUUAUGAAUCAUUGCAUUAUUUUUUAAGAAA